AUGGGUCAGGCUGAAACUAAACCUGGCGAGGUUGGCCUGUGGAUCAACUGCACGGUGUACAACACUCCAAGCGUUCAGGGAGUACCCGCUCAGAAACAGCCAUCAGCGGAACAAGAAGAAUCAGCACCAAAUAAGGAGGCAGAGCAAGCUCCAGCGCAAGAUUCGCCACCGGUGCGGAAGGCACCGUCAGCAGAGCAAGAGGAAGCGAGAAAAGAAGCUGGUCCCUUAGCUGAAUUGAAAAAAGAACCAACUGGAAAAGCUGCUCUACCAGAGGAAGAAAAGAAGGAGGGUAUUCAGAAAGAAGAGAAGCCUUCUCCUAAAGAAAUACAUGCGCAGUAUAAGUCAUCUGCUGCACCUACUCCAACAAAAGUGCCAGAUCCAGUAGUCCCUAAGGACACUGAAAGAAAGGAGGCAAUGGAAAAGCCAAAGAAGGCGGCUUCAACUGUUGUUCCAAAAGCGCCAGAAAAGCAAGUGAUGUCAAAGAAACGGAUGAAAAGCAAAGCAAAGUUUCUGCUGAAAAAUCUGCGCCAUUAA